AGAAGACAAGGAACAGAAUUUGAACAGAGGGACUCCAGCUGCCACAAUUCGAAAGCCAACGUUGGGCCAUACGGUAUGCAAAAGGGCGCACAACCUUGGCUGGAAGUCGACAUGGUAUCAAACCGCAUACAAGGCUCCUACGAGCUUAAUUGAAGCUCACGGGGAGAGCCGUGAGCUGCAUUUCUCAGCUGCCAAUCCGCAGCCUGCCAGGUUGUGUUUACUUUGUCCAUAGACACGUUGGAAAGUUUCACAUUGCUGGGCGUCUAAGGCUUGGUUGGUAGUGUCAUCAUCAUAAGUCCGGACCUCGAUAGACAGAUGCUCCAGAUCGCAGAGAGUCCAUGAGAGCCAUGGUAUGACUGGUAACAUGAGCCAGGGGCGUGCCUUGACCCAUGGGCAUGUUGGCGCGCCAGGCAGAGAUGUGGGACAAAAGAGCCAACACGAGCCCCUUGAGCACAGUCAUGGGCAUGGAAGCCCGCAAUUAGGCUGUCAAGCACAAGGGAAGAACAUGUCAUUCGCAACAGGGAGUGUGUCUCCCAGAAAAGAACCGCGUGGGCGAAAACGAAGGUCAAAGUUGUCACAGAUUCUGCUGGGAGAUGCCCCCCAUGGUGGGUCCACAAGCACCAACGCUGGCCAUGGACCCCCCUGCCUCCUGCCCCUUUCUGCGCAUCUUCAUAUGCAGUUGCCGACCAAGCCUGAAGCAGUGUUCCUUUGCCCCUCUUCCAAAGGGCCCAGUGGAGGCCAGGACGCUCCUGCGACGUCCAUUGCAGGGCCUCUGCUUCAAGAGAGCCCUUUGGGACUCACUCUCAAAAAAACCCCGUCCCUGCUAGACCUCAUCUCCAGUACUCUUGGAUCCCGCCCAUACGAAGGAUGGCGGGGCCACGUGGAACCCCCCCAAGAUAUGCUGGGUGUCCCGGGCAGGCCCCCAAGGAGCAUGCCCACAUUCACUGGGAUCAGCAGCGGCCCCAGCAUGUUUGCUCCAGGGGGUGCCGCAACGCCGGCAGACAAGCUGAAGGCCUCAAACUUCGCUGCCCUUUCUGCAAAGAUUGGAACCUGGGAGCGGCACUCACGCUAUGAGGGAGACCUGGUGGCCAAGUGCUACUUUGCGAAGAAGAAGUUGGUGUGGGAGGUGCUGGAGCAGGGCCUCAAGAGCAAGGUCGAGGUCCAGUGGAGCGACAUCAAGCGGAUCAAGGCCGUGUGCUCCGACACGGAGCCAAACAUCCUGGAGAUUGAUAUCGUCAAGGCCCCCAUGUUCUUCCACGAGAUGAGCCCGCAGCCGCGCAAGCAUACCAUCUGGUCCAAUGCGCCUGAUUUCACGGGGGGACAAGCGACGAUAGCCAGGAAGCACGUGUUGACAUUUGCGCCGGGCGUGCUGGAGCCGCACUACAAGAAGCUGCUGCUGUGUGACAGCCGCCUGCGCGCCAUCGCAGCCGGCCUGCCUGAGCCGGUGGCCAUGCGGCCCCCGCCCCAUCACAGGAUGCAAGUGCCCAGACCGGUGGGCAGUUUCCCGUGCAUGCCUACCCCCCGCCACUUCUCAGGACUGCCGGGCAGGCCAAGCGGAGCGGGGCUGCCGGGGCCUGUGCCAUGGUCGGGGCUGGUGGACAACAUGCAGCGCGUCUUGUUGCAAGAGCGGCCCGGCUCGCCAAGCUCUGUGAUUGGCCGGGGGGAUCGACCCUUUGGGGAAGAGAGUGGCAGCUCCGAGGACACGGGCCAUCUGCUGCCCCCGCCCGGCAUGGGCUUUGUGGACGCCAACUUUGCGAGGGGCUCGGAAGGGGAGGACCACGACGACAUGAUGCUGGACAGCCCAUUUGCGCCCGCUGAGGGGCCGUUCCCCGCGCUCGACUUUGCUCGCUCUCCGCCAGCGGGGCUGUUCCCGGACAUGCCGUACGACCUGCCCAGCUCGGAGCUGCUCAUGGACGCCGAGAUGCAGGCAGCCGGGGAAGCGCUGGACGGGGCCGAGAACGAGGGGGCCGAGGCGCGGGAGAAGGAGGCAGCGGACCAGCUCUCGAGCAGCCAGCCCCAGGGCUUCUCGGUGUUUUCUGAGGGGGGCAGGUUACGCAAGUACGGCUUCUCCUCGAGUGUCCCGUCCCUGGGGUCCGAAAUGAGUGCUUUCCACGUGGUUCGCGCAGGGCCGAAAGCGUUGCGUAGUGUUUAUGGCAGGUCGCCCCCAGGCCCUAGCGUACUACACGAUCUUGACAGCCAAGUGGGCAGCCGGGACUCUCUGCCAGGCUUUGGGGUGCCGGCUGUGCACCCACCUUUAGGCGGGGGAGCUGCCUCUGCUGGUGCAUGGCGGCCAGAGCAGGAGUCAAUUCACUAUUUGCGAAGAAUGGAGGGCCUUUGAAAUCGACGCGCUCUGCCAGGAGCCUGUCGUGAACGGGUGAAGCAAAUGCAGCAGGAAGCAGCCAGGCACAGGAGUAGCGGCCCUCUCAAUCUGAUCGGGCAAUGUAAACUGUUGUAUGGUACACUGCGCAAUGACGUUGCGCUGCUGAGUGUACACGUCAAGCGUCCUACUGAAAAGAAACUCAGGUUUUCAUAAGCUCAAAGUAGUGCACGGGUUUGGUAGAUUGCAAUAGGCUUCAGGUAAAUGUUUGCAAUAGAAAUCAUUAGGCCGAUUGAAACGACAAUCAGACUAGCUUAUGAUCUUGUGUGAGCCGUGUUUGGCAGUGUGAGCAGGCCUGUGAGCCGCCAGCAUUUGCGUGAGACCAAGUAGGAUUACGAAUGUAGAAAGGACCCUGUAUUCGAUGUACAUUACUUUAGCCGAGUACUGUUCAAGCGUGCAAGCAAAUCCGCUCUUUUAAGUAUAGGAUCCUAGGGUUUGAACACCUGCAGCAUGCCAGGAGCUCGGCAAAUGCGAGGCGGUCCGUAAAUUAAGUUUUGAAUUCUGGCUUACAAACGGGCCAAGAAACGAUCUUUCGCGAUUCACUUGACGCACCACAACUAGAUGGCUACAGUAGUUAAUAUAUCCUCAUUCAAAG